CCCGGCGGAGGCAAGAGGUGGUUGGGGGGGACCAUGGCUGACGUUUUCCCGGCCAACGACUCCACGGCGCCUCAGGACGUGGCCAACCGCUUCGCCCGCAAAGGGGCGCUGAGACAGAAGAACGUGCACGAGGUGAAGGACCACAAAUUCAUCGCCCGCUUCUUCAAGCAGCCCACCUUCUGCAGCCACUGCACCGACUUCAUCUGGGGGUUUGGGAAACAAGGCUUCCAGUGCCAAGUUUGCUGUUUUGUGGUUCACAAGAGGUGCCAUGAAUUUGUCACAUUUUCUUGUCCGGGUGCGGACAAGGGACCCGACACUGACGACCCCAGGAGCAAGCACAAGUUUAAAAUCCACACCUAUGGCAGCCCCACCUUCUGUGACCACUGCGGGUCGCUGCUGUACGGACUCAUCCAUCAGGGGAUGAAAUGCGACACCUGCGACAUGAACGUGCACAAGCAGUGCGUCAUCAACGUCCCCAGCCUCUGCGGGAUGGACCACACUGAGAAGAGGGGCCGGAUCUACCUGAGGGCUGAGGUCGCUGACGAAAAGCUCCAUGUCAUAGUGCAAGAUGCAAAAAAUCUAAUCCCCAUGGAUCCAAAUGGACUUUCAGACCCUUACGUGAAGCUGAAACUUAUUCCUGAUCCCAAGAACGAGAGCAAACAAAAAACCAAAACUAUCCGCUCCACACUAAACCCCCAGUGGAACGAGUCCUUCACGUUCAAAUUAAAACCUUCAGAUAAAGACCGACGACUGUCCAUAGAGAUCUGGGACUGGGAUCGGACAACGAGGAACGACUUCAUGGGAUCCCUCUCCUUCGGCGUCUCAGAGCUCAUGAAGAUGCCGGCCUGCGGGUGGUACAAGCUGCUCAACCAAGAAGAAGGCGAGUACUACAAUGUGCCCAUUCCAGAAGGGGACGAUGAAGGAAACAUGGAGCUCAGGCAGAAGUUCGAGAAAGCCAAGCUUGGCCCCGCCAAGAAAGUGAUCAGCCCUUCAGAAGACCGGAGAUUUUCCAACAACCUGGACAGAGUGAAGCUCACUGACUUCAACUUCCUCAUGGUGCUGGGGAAGGGGAGUUUCGGAAAGGUGAUGCUGGCUGAUAGGAAGGGAACAGAAGAACUCUAUGCCAUCAAAAUCCUGAAGAAGGACGUGGUGAUUCAAGACGACGACGUGGAGUGCACCAUGGUGGAAAAGCGGGUCCUGGCCCUGCUCGACAAGCCCCCCUUCCUGACGCAGCUGCACUCCUGCUUCCAGACAGUGGACCGGCUGUACUUCGUCAUGGAAUACGUCAACGGCGGGGACCUCAUGUACCACAUUCAGCAAGUAGGGAAAUUCAAGGAGCCACAGGCAGUAUUCUACGCAGCAGAGAUUUCCAUUGGACUGUUCUUUCUUCAUAAAAAAGGAAUCAUUUACAGGGACCUGAAGUUAGACAACGUCAUGCUGGACUCCGAAGGGCACAUCAAGAUCGCUGACUUCGGGAUGUGCAAGGAGCACAUGAUGGACGGGGUCACGACCAGAACCUUCUGUGGGACCCCAGAUUACAUCGCCCCAGAGAUCAUCGCCUACCAGCCGUAUGGGAAGUCCGUGGACUGGUGGGCCUACGGCGUCCUGCUGUACGAAAUGCUGGCCGGGCAGCCUCCGUUUGAUGGCGAAGAUGAAGACGAGCUGUUCCAGUCCAUCAUGGAGCACAACGUCUCGUACCCGAAGUCCCUGUCCAAGGAGGCCGUUUCCAUCUGCAAAGGGCUGAUGACCAAGCAUCCAGGCAAGCGGCUGGGCUGCGGGCCCGAGGGAGAGCGGGACGUGCGCGAACACGCCUUCUUCCGGAGGAUCGACUGGGAGAAACUGGAGAACCGGGAGAUCCAGCCGCCCUUCAAGCCCAAAGUGUGCGGCAAAGGGGCGGAAAACUUUGACAAGUUCUUCACACGCGGGCAACCGGUCUUAACGCCUCCGGAUCAGCUGGUCAUCUCUAACAUAGACCAGUCUGAUUUCGAGGGCUUCUCGUAUGUCAACCCCCAGUUUGUGCACCCCAUCUUGCAGAGCGCAGCGUGAAGCUCGCCGCCGAGAGCAGAGGCCUCCCCGCCCCACCCGCCCCCCCAGCAUCGGGAAAUGAUCCUUCACCCUCAAAUUUUAGGGCCAUGGCCUUGUUUCUUGUUCCAGAUGGAGGCCUGCGAAUCGUAGGGUUGUCAGUCCAAAUGUGACCCGCUGUUCAAAGUCUCUCUCUCACAACCAACGGCGUUCUCGGAGUGGAAGAUGAUACAAUGUACAGUGUCCGGUUUCAUUAUGUAGAAGUCACUCUGGCUGUAGGUUAACCCUGCCUCGGCAGCAGUCAGGCUCUUGCCCCCUUUUUGGUACGAUUUGAUAUAUUUCCCACAUCCUCUGUCUGUCGGUUUUCACCAUCGGGACACCCCUCCCGCACCCCCAAAGAUGUGGGCUGGACACCUCCCUGCCCAGGCACCUUGGGAGUGAAGGAACGGGAGCCCCAAGGGCAGAGGGGGAGCCAGGCGGGGUUGGGGGUGGGAGGCUUCCGCACCCCUGCCGCUUCUGUUCUCCGCCUCCUUGGAAACCAUCCCUGGAAUCGAGAGGCCAGGAUGUCGUUUCCAAGCUCACUGUCCCCAGACAUUGCCAGUUGUCACCCAACCACGGCCCGGUGGUCACCGUUUUUAAAAAACAGAAGAAGAAAACCUCAGAUGGGUGUUCAGUGAGUCUGUCUUCUCGUGUCCUGCUCGGUUGACGCCUGUCUUGAUACUUGCAUUUCUUUGUAAGAGGCCAAAUCUUCUAAGGACUUUGCUACAUGAGCGUGCGAAGUCGUUUCAGAUCAAGGAUACAGCAGUGUGUGUGCGUGCGUCCGUUUUAAUCUCUGGGAGAUUAUCCUGCGAUCCAGGGUGCCAUCGGCAAUGCCAGUGCUCACAGUGUUGUUAGCCAACCCCCAGCCCCCAACACUUUGCUCCCUACUUCCUGAGAAGCUGAAGCGUGCGCCCAGCCCUUUUGUACUUAUUUAUUUAACAGGCUGCAGUGUCGUUGGAGAGGGUACGAUGUACAGUCACUUCAGGCAUUGCCUCUAGCCUCAGUCCCUACCGACGGAUUCUCCUCCCGUCUCUGGCCCCCGAUGUCUCCAUAGGGAUGAAAAUCAAUGCGGUUUUGGUCCCCACUUCUAGUUCACGUUGAGUGACACACCUGGAGCCGUAGAAUCAGGAAACUUGGAUACAUAUCAGUGCAAAGAUGUUUUAUUGCAAGAAGAAUUUUAAUAUGUUUUGCAAAUGCAUCAUGCAAUGAAUUUUGCAUGUUUAUAAUAAACCUUAAUAACAAGUGAAUCUAUAUUAUUGAUAUAAUCGUAUCAAGCAUAAAGAAAGUGUUAUAAUAAUUUUAUAAGACACAACUGUGCUAUAUUUGUGAAGGCUCUCGUUUCUAAUCUGCUUCUAUGGUUAUGUCUUGGUCAAACCCUUCGCUGCCCUGCUCCCCGCCCCCGCCCCAUGUGUCCGCUGUGCAUCGGCGCCGUGUCGGACAUAUUAAUUUUUUAACAUAGAUCUAAUUUCAGAAAUGAGUGGCUACUUUACAUGAUUAAUUAGGCUUUAUAUAUAUAUAAAUAUUUGGUUUUACCUGCAAACAAAAAUUUUAGGGGAUUAUUUUUGAGAUGAGACUCUGUCUUAGCUUCUUAAUGCCGUCUUCUGUUCUGGCUGCUCUGCCGCUCCUCCCCGUGGGGACAGAGGGUCUGACUCCAGUGUGACCGGCCCGGGCAGAUGUGGUGCGAGCACAGCCCCCGGCUGGACGCGGUGGUUCUCUCCCUUCCAGCCUCGCCACUGUGAGUGAUCGGGGGCUGCGCCCCGUGGACAGCGCGCGCUGUCCCUGGGAGGCCGGCACGCCUGUUCCCCACGUGCAGACCGUGGGGCAGACCAUCCCCUGGGGCUCUCUGCAGACUCUCUGCAGAGGCGACCGAGUUUCUCCCACCUGCCCCUGGAACCCGCCCGGGGAGCCCUCCGUGUCAGACACCGCCCACGCCAGGCCCUCGGAGAAGCCAGUCCUCUACGGCAGAAAGAACAUUCCAGACGGAAGCUGCCUCCACUCCUUGCCGAGGCCUGCUCUGUUUCUCUCCACUCCCCAGAAGCAUCUCCCAGCGAAGUGCUCUGCGACUGACUUCGGCUGUUUGCCUGGAACUCAUGGAACGCCCUCCCAUUGAGGGGGCUUUGACCCGAGAGGCGUGUCUGUCCUGGGAACCCCUGAGGGGAGGAAGAGGUGGGCAGGGAGUCAGUCAGACCCGAAAAGAGCAGCUCCUCCACCAUCUCUGAUGGGCCGCGGGCUUCAGAAUCCCCGAGGGGCUCUGGCGCACUCAGAGCUGCAGCCUGCCCCCACACCAGGCCGGUGCAUGUUCCGGGGACACGCCCUCACCAGGCACACCUCAGCUGGAUCUGACGGGAAAGGCACCAGUUUGCAGAAAGAGGCUAAGAAACAGAAGCGCCAGUCACUGAGCCCCAGAACAGGGCCACGGCAGGACGGGUCCCCAGCCGAGCCCCCAAAGGGGGAGGAAGGCCCCAGCAAAGCACAUGGCGGAGGGCCAUUUGUCCUGAGCCCCACGCUGCCCGCCUGUUUAAGACGCAGCAGCUCGGGCUUCCCGGGAAAGAGCCAACACAUUUCCAGAGCAUUCGUAUUUCUCUGCGAAACAUAUCCCACAUCUUAGUGGCCUUGUAUUCUUUCCAAAUGUGUGGCAUAGUUUUCAAAGAAAAUUCCCCGUUUGUGCGCCCAGCACUCUGCCCCAGGAACAGCAGGCUCAAGGACAAACAGGAAAAACGUGGGCCCAGCGAAGUGUCUCUCUGACAUAGGUUAUUUGGUUCCAGGCUGUGUCCUGGGCUUAUUGCUGAAAGAGUGAGUCCAGUGGUAACCAUUCACACACCUGUCUGCCGCAGCACGUGUGGAAUUCUAUGGUGUUGGCCCUCUCUGGGGGCAUCGUGGGAACAGAAGCACAGGGCAGGGCCCUGGUGGAGGCCAGAAUAAGGAGGAGGCCUCGCAGGGCCAGGUGGCUGGGGGACUGCAGGAGGUUCCAGCCGCUGGGGAAGUACCCAUGCCACCAGGGCCUGUGGCCAUCCAGGCCCCCAGCAGGGUCGUGUACAUUCUGCGUCUCCACCGGACUCGUGGCUCUGUGACUCCAAAAGGCCGUCCAAUGUCCCUGCGUUGUUUUCCCUUGGAAGGUGGCCACUGCCCAGCGGUGGAGCUGCCCUGUGAGCUGCAGGCGGUAGGUGUCUCCUCUAACACCACUAGGUGUCGGUUUGAACAGAAGGGGCUGGACUGCCUCCCUCAGAGGUUAACGCAGGUUUGUGCAAGGCGAGAACGGAUUGAGAAGGUUGAUGUGAGCCCCUAGGCACUGACGCGAUUGCUUGUCAACACAUCUAGUUCUCUUGCGUCCCCGUGGCCUGGUGCAAGUCAGUGCAGAAUCACUGUCCGUCUUUUCUUAUGAGGCUUUCUUAUUAGGAAUUUGGGUAGAAGAUCAGAGGGUUAAGAGCUCCCUGGAAAUGACUUGAGAUGGUUGGUUGAAAGACCAAGGAUGAAUGCAAGCCGACAGAUGGCUGCUGAGCGCCUCCCUGAGCUAUGGUUCUCAGAAGAGUGUACUGACUUGCUGGUGAACGCGGGUGCAGACCCCUCCUGUCGGUGUGCUGAGACGUGAGAGGUCUGCGGAGGUGGAAGUGGGCGCGGAGUUGAGAGAGGAGCAGGGUUUGUGUGCAUCUGGAAGGAGGCUUGUGGCAGGAGGAAGCCAGGACAGAGGGGAAGGAGGGGGCAUCCUGGGAAGGAUGCUGUUGCCAUUUCCAGGGGCUUUCCAUGGGAAGCCGCUGGUGCAGAAGAAAGUCACCGCCUGCGGGCCCUGGAGAGGGCGCUUGUUGCCAGGGACAUGGUCUGGUCCCCCUCAGGAAACAUCUCCCAAAUGCCAGCAGCACCCUCACCCGCUGCUGGAAGCCCCUUCCCCUGCCUACAUGGGAGAGGCUGAGCAGAACCACCCACCUGCCCUGGGAGGCAGUAGGUCCCCACCCGUUUCCCUUCUGGGGCUUGUGAGCUCUGUGGCAGCCAGGGACCGAUGGGGAAGUCGCAGACACAGCUAACACUGCCGUUCCCACCUGGGCCCACUUAGCAAGAGAAAUUAGAGGUGUUUUGCCGGGAUUUGUUUUCUCUGUACUAAGGAGGGAGGAAAGUGACAGUCUCAGGUUUUUAAAAGCCUCAGGAAGGCAGCACAAUCUGACAGGCAUUUUCUCACUUGGGUCGUAUGAAGUUGCCUAUUAUGUGUGCAGUUCACACCAGUUCUUAUUUCUUUAAACCCAGCCAGGGCAGGAGACCCCCCACUGAGCGCACCGAAUAAUCAUGACCAUGCGCUGGACACUGAGCCAGGGACCCACGGGGCUACAGGAGCAGCGAAGGCGUGACAGAUCGGGGGAAGGACAGGGACACUCUGGUUAUCAGUGACUGCACGCUAGUUUGACAAGGAGCGUUGGGAAGUAUUUUAAAAACAUUUUCCUUGACUUGCUUGGGUUACAUUUAUGAAAUGCAGCAGACCAUGAACAUUUCGUCACUUCCCCGUUCAGGCUGAUGCAGGGAGAGCUGCAUUUCUCGUCCGGUAGAAAUAGAGGGGACUGGGGAAGGUGGCCUGCAUUAUGUGUGGGUGCAAGCUGGCGUCUGGAAACAGUGUCGACCACGGUCCUGCCCACUCUGCCCUUUGGGAGGCCCCGAGCCUCUGAGCUGUGUGGCCAAGUGCAGUUAACGACCAUGCGACCCCAUCAGCCCUCAAACAGCCUUACGAUGCCCCCACACGAAGGCCCACAGGUUCCAAAGACUUUUUUUUAAACCUUAAGGAAGAAAUGAAUUUAACUCCAGUAAAACAACGGGGUAUGCUGGGCUCUUUGUACUUUUUUAUAGAGAACUUUAAUAACUCAAUUCUUUAAAAAUGGGCUUUUAAAGUUACUGACAAUUUGAUAAGAUUCCAACCACACAGACCCUGCAGGAGGCCUCGGCGGCAGCCGGCUACAAUCCCCCCAACCUGCACGUGCUCUGCAGGGUCUCGCAUGCCAGUGGGGUACAGAGUCCUCGCUGGAAUGACUAGAGGUUUGGGUGAAAUACCCUGGCAGACCGACACCUUCUGUGUUUUCAGUAGACCCUGGGGACAACUGUCUAGGGCCUAGAGACGUUCAGACCAUAGAACGAUGGCUUCAUUGUCCCUCUUCCAGAUGCAGCCCUGGGGCACCCCAUGUUGACACGGGAAGGGGGCACCCGCUCAGGUCUGGCUCCAGCCCCCAGGAGUCCCCAGGUGCCUCAGUGAAAAUGCCGGGCUGUCCUGCAAGGGUUUUGCUCACUGGGCAAUCCAGAAACACUUCCGCAGCCCGGAAGGAGGCGGGCAUCUGUUUCAGAGUUCUUUCCCACGUGAGUAGACAGAACCCCAUUUUUUCAGAAAAAUAAGUAUCAAGUCCACUUUGUAAGAAUCUUUUUUUCUACAAUAAGACAAAGGGUGGCUUCGCAUUUUCUGAUUAAACAACUGUGUCUUCGUCGCCUCUGCUGAACUUUAGGAGUAUUUGUUCCUGUGAUUGUAGAUUUUUGUUGAUGUUCUUCCUGAAAGAAUGUGAUUCUUUUCUUGAGGGGAUUCGUGGACUAUUCAAAGUCACCCAUGAAGGCAGUUUUUCUCUUAAGUCUAAAUGGUCUAGAAAUUCACCUCACGUCCCUUCUGUUAGGGUCUUUCAGAAUAACUUUUAUAGAUGGUCAGAAACAUUUGAAAUCAUUGCUUUUGCUACCUAAUAUUGUGUGUAUGGGGGGAACAUGCCAUGUUUAAGCCGUUCAUCGAAAAACACCGUGUAAGACCCCACGUGUGUACGAAGGAGGAAGAGGCGGAGGUGGAGGUUUUUCCUUCUGAGUAAGUCCCCAGUGACAAUUGCGGAGGCCGCUCAGCUGGCGGAGGACAUCGGGCUUGCAGCGGGCAAGGUGAAUGUACAACUUACUGCAUCGCUUUCCUCAAUCCGUAUGACCUCUAAUCUCUGUUUGCAUGAUAUGCUUCGUUAGAGACAUUAAUUGUGUAUGAAUAAAUAUGAUCAUUCCUCAGUGCA